UUGCAAGUAAAUUGAUCAAAAAUAUUUUUUACUUUCUUGCUUUGAAAAUAAAUUAAUUAAUUAAAAGAAGAAACAAAUUUUUGGGUAAAAAUUUUAUCCAAUAAAGAAGAAAUGGAAGAACAUAUACUUCUUAAAAGACGCUUUGUAAAAGUUUACAACCCAUAAAAUGUUAAGGCGAAAAACUAAAGAAGAUAACCAGCGGUGUAAAAAACUAAAAAUUGCCAAUGAUUGUGCUCCGUAAUUUGAAAAAAUAAUUAUGCAAGAAAUAUACUUGCUUUGAGAUCUCCCGCAAAAGUAGAAUAAUAAUUGAUUUAAACGAACACUUUGGUGUAAAUGUGCAAUAUGUUAACAAUCUGUAAGAGUAUUAUGUAAAAGAGUAAUAAAAUAUUAACUGUAAGUGAAACUAAAGAAAAUGUCCGACCACGGGGACACGGACAUCGACCCCUCGGAAGAAAUAAACGUCGACGAGCUGGACUCUCGGAGUUGCAGCCCGAGGAACUACGAGAACAGCGACGACAGGAAUAUCAAUGACGCCCCGUCGGAAUGUUCGACGUCGCCGCCCUCGCCGGGGAACACCAAGACCCUGGUCGGGGAGUCGUCUUCGAGGAACCACCCGUUCAGUAUAAGUCGUCUUCUGGGGGAGAGCAACGGAAGGGAGAUCAAUGGGAAGAGUCCUGGCUCGGACCCGGAGAGCGACAAGGAGAGGCGCUGGGUCUGGGACGACGGCAACAGGAACAACGGGACCCUCGAGGACGUCAAAAGGCUCUGGGGCGGAGACCUCGAGGAGAAGAUGUCGGAGAAGGAUGAUGAUGACACUGGAAGCACGCCGGAGAUGCAUCCGGGAUCUUCGAUUUAUCCUGCUGAUCUCUUGACGCCGUUGAGACUCUUUCCCGGGGGCUCGGGGCUUAUCUACACUGGGGGAAGUGUGAUAAGGGUCCCCGCUCAUAGACCUCCUGGACCCUCAGGUCCGCACUCGUCUGUUCUUCCGUCCCAGUCGCUGAUUCCGCCCUGGAGUCUUCAGGCUCUUCAGCACAGUCAGCAGCAAGCCGCCGCCGCGGGGUUGCAUAGGGCUAAUAUUCUCGCGAAUCUUGCUGCUCAUCCUCUUCAAGCUCAUUCUCAUCUUAAGGACCGGCUUGCAGUGGCGGGAACUUUCCCGAGGCGAAUUGGUCAUCCUUAUCAGAAUCGAACGCCGCCGAAAAGAAAGAAACCGAGGACAAGUUUCACGAGGUUACAGAUUGCCGAGCUGGAGAAACGUUUUCACAAGCAAAAGUAUUUAGCUUCUGCAGAACGCGCGGCCCUCGCAAAGUCACUUAAAAUGACGGACGCUCAGGUGAAGACGUGGUUUCAAAAUAGAAGGACUAAGUGGAGGCAAACAGCCGAGGAACGAGAAGCCGAAAGACAAGCUGCAAACAGAUUGAUGCUUUCCUUGCAAGCCGAAGCUUUGGGGAAAGUCGGGUACCCUACGGGUAUGCCCAGCCACUCUUCAGGAGCUCAGGUGACUAACCUAGAGAGUCAAACCGGGACAUCCUCCCUCGGACACUCCGUGACUCAGUGGGUGUCGCCUUACGGACCCUCUCAGCCCCUCACUGAGCCAAUUUGUUAAUUUAUUCCUUAAAAAAAUCAUCUUAAUAAUUAUUAUUGAAAAUAUAUAUAGAUAUAUAAUAAUAUAAAUAUAAAUAUAAAUAAUUGAUAAGGCCGCAUAUCUUUUU